GCUCGCGCGAGGGGGUUAAAACUGCUCCGAGAGCGCGUUGGCGUGCCUCUUUGUCGAUCCAUCGAGUGUUUUGGCAUUAGCGCGCUUUUCCUCCCUGUUGGGACGAGAGAUUGAAAAAAAAAAAAAUAAAUAAAACAAUCCGUCCAUAAAUACCAGCGGUUAUUGAGGGGGUGGAGAAGAAAGGAAUUUUAAAUCUAGUGACGGAUGAUCGAGCGAGUUGCGAUCGGCCGAUCGGUCAGUUGGUUUUUUUUUUUCGAUCGGCACAUCAGCUCCAGCUUUUCUUGUCCUCCUCGAUAUAAAUUAACGGCACCCCUCCGAGGACUAUAGGACAAAGUGUACGUGUGUUUAUAUAUAUAUGUGUGUGUGUGUGUGUGUGUUGGUUUUACUCGAUUGUACAGUGGUGCGCGCGUAGAUUCCUCGAGAGUUAAAUGUCGAAGGAAAAGCUAACGGCGGCGGCUGUGGAGCAGCAACAACAGUUGCCGGUCGACAAGGCCGCGGCUAAGAUCCAAGCGGGUUUUCGGGGCUACCGCGUGCGCAAGCAGCUCCAGGAGGAACGCAAGGCCAAGGAGAUCGGCGCUGACGCCCUCGACGACACGAUGGAGGAGCAGCCGGGGAGGGCGUUGGAGGAGAAAUCGGCGACCAAGAUCCAGGCGGGCGUGCGGGGCUUUCUCGUGCGGAAGCGCCAGCAAGUGGAACAGGUCGCGGCAACCAGGAUCCAGGCGGGUUUCCGUGGAUUCAGGACGCGAAAGCUCCUCAAGCAGAAUGGACAGUGAGCCGAUACACGGGAAGACGUCAUCGCACCGUUGGCACGGGCUUGAUUUGCCGGUGCGGCAACGACAAUAAGUAACGCGCUUCAUUUCCACAAUGGGUGUAUGCGUCGCGCGUGCCGGUGAUGCGCCGUGAACUUGAAAGUUUUUCAGCGAUGCGCGAUACUACGUAUAAUUUUGGAAUUCAUCAUGUCGAGGGAUAUUAAGACGAUCGGGAAAGAUAUCAACCGAUUUUUAAGAGCAUUUUUCGUGCAUGUGCUUGCAACGAUGUGUUAAACAUCGCUCGUAUUCAUUUGUAGUCAUGCUUUUUAUUGUUCAGGUAAUUUGCUUCUCCUCUCUUUUUUGAUUUUGUAUACAUUUGUAUCACUUACAUAUUAUGUGCACGAUUGUAUCACAGUAUAAAUGAUUAUGUAAUUAGUAUUAUAGCGAUCAUGUUUUAUGCACCGCGCUUUAAUGUACACCGACUUGUACAUACGUAUAUAUUUCAUGUUUAUGUGGAUUUUUUUUUUUUUUAAGAUUAUACAUAGUGUAGUGACGAAUCAUACGAUAAUUUUUUCAAGUCCACGUUCGUUAAAAAAAUUUUACAGCACACGGUAAACAGUAGCUUAUUAUUAAAGAUUAUUUACGUGGUCAACAAUGUUUAAUAAUAUGACUUUUUAUCCAAAUAAACAAAAACAGAUGCGAGUAUUGAGUACAAUUUGACAAAGUUUACUCGUACGUUGGGCAAUUCACUGAUUUUUAGGCAUUGUUUUACGUUACUCGUUAGGAUUGUUGGAUAACAUGUUGCAAAACAAUAUUUUUUAUGUAUAUAUGAAUAUUUUUUUAACUAAUUCAAUAAGGACCAAAGAAACGGAUAAAUGAAAAUAUUAUAUGUGACGAGUCUUCAAAAGUAUUUGCGUUAUUAUUGCAAGACGUUAUACUCAAGUUAUAUAUAAUUAAACAAACUAUAUAUUGUAUUUUUUUAAAUAAACGCAAUUAAUUAUUCUGCACGAAUCAAAAAUAUAAUUGGGGCUCUAAUGCAAAUCCGGUGAGUUUUAUGACGAAACUAGAGUUGAGAUAUGAUUUACUUUAAAUAAAUUGAAAGAAACCUCAUGUAUGUGUAUGCAAUUUUUAUUGACAUUAUAUAGAAUAAAAAAA